AUGAAAAGAGUUUCUUUUUUGGUGGUGAUGCUGGCACAGCUUUUGCUUAGCGUGGCCAGCGCCCCGAUCUGUGCUUACGGACAAACUGGCUGCCCCCUCCCUACAUUGGCUGACCUUUUUGACCGUGUCAUGCAGCAGUCUUCCAGGAUGCAUGGCAUCUCCAGCGACUUGCAAUCGCAAUUUGAGCACUACCUAUUCCCAAGCAAGAACAUGCUGGGAAAAUGGAAAUGUCAUACACAUGACAUCCUGACACCGGGCAACAAACAGAACGCACAAAAUAUAGAUAGAGAGCAGCUGACCGAGGUGAUCCUCAGGCUAUUGGGGGCAUGGGGGGACCCCUUGUCACAGCUGCACCAGAGCAUGCGCCAGGACCACAACAAGAACCAUGGGCGGGACUUCAGUCACUCCAGCUCCAACAAGGCGCUUGAAAUGAGUGAUGUGAUGCAAGAACUCAGGGACGGAGUCUUGAAAAUGGCAGAGAAGAUGAAGCUACAGGGCGCAUUCAGUAACGCUGUGGCUGUCGUCCAGCCUGAAGAAGCUCGUCAUUCAUCAGCCUUUGCGUUCUACAAGAGAGGCACUCUGAGCUUGCUGGACCACAACGACCUACUGUACUGCCUCCGCCGAGACUCUGACAAGGUCAAAAAUUACCUGCGCAUCCUGCAGUGCUCCACACUGCCAGGCCUGGAAUGUUAA